AUGAAGAAGGAGAUGAGGUCUCAGGAGAUGGCACAUUCAAAGUACGAUGGUGUAUUUGGGAGCCAGCUUUCUUUGAGCUCCUUCUGGGUUGAAAGGAUUGUAGACAAGAGGAAGAACAAGAAAGGAAAAUGGGAGUAUCUCAUUCGAUGGAAAGGCUACGGAAGCACAGAGGACACGUGGGAGCCAGAACACCAUCUGCUGCACUGUGAGGAGUUUAUCGAUGAAUUCAAUGGGCUGCACGUGUCCAAGGACAAGAGGAUCAAGUCAGGGAAGCAGGCCAGCGCCUCCAAGCUCCUGCGUGACAGCAGAGGCCCAUCGGUGGAGAAACUCUCUCACAGACCGUCAGAAUCUGCAAAGAGCAAAGGGACUUCCCACAAACGGAAGCGAAUCACCCCUUCCCUGUCCAAGCCGAAGAAGGGGUAUCCAGCAAAGCCCCCUGCAGGAGGUGAUAGGGCCGCCAAGACAGUGUCUUACAGGACUACCCCCAGUGGUUUGCAAAUAAUGCCCCUGAAAAAGGCUCAAAAUGGCAUGGAAAACGGAGACACCGGUUCUGAGAAGGAUGAGAGGCACUUAGGAAAUGGGUCCCACCAGCCUGGCUUGGAUUUGAAUGACAUCGGAGAGCAAGACCUGGGCGAGUGUGAUGUCAACCAUGCUGCAGUGGCAGAGAACGGGCUUGGCUCUGCUCUGACCAACGGGGGCUUAAACAUGCACAGCCCGGUGAAGAGGAAGCUGGACGCAGAGAAGGAUUACGUCUUUGACAAGAGGCUCAGGUACAGCGUCCGCCAGAAUGAAAGCAACUGUCGGUUUCGGGACAUCGUCGUGCGGAAGGAAGAGGGAUUCACACACAUCCUGCUGUCCAGUCAGACCUCGGACAACAACGCGCUGACCCCGGAGAUCAUGAAGGAGGUCCGGAGAGCGCUGUGCAACGCGGCCACAGACGACAGCAAACUGCUGCUCCUCAGUGCGGUGGGCAGCGUGUUCUGCAGCGGCCUGGAUUACUCCUACCUAAUUGGCCGGUUGUCCAGUGACCGGCGAAAGGAGAGCACCCGCAUUGCAGAAGCCAUCAGGGACUUUGUGAAGGCCUUUAUCCAGUUUAAGAAGCCCAUCGUGGUGGCGAUCAACGGCCCUGCCCUGGGCCUGGGCGCCUCGAUCCUGCCCCUCUGCGACAUCGUGUGGGCCAGCGAGAAGGCCUGGUUUCAGACCCCUUAUGCCACCAUCCGCCUCACACCCGCCGGCUGCUCCUCCUACACCUUCCCCCAGAUCCUGGGCGUCGCGCUGGCCAACGAGAUGCUCUUCUGUGGGCGGAAGCUCACCGCCCAGGAAGCAUGCAGCAGAGGACUCGUGUCCCAGGUUUUCUGGCCAACCACGUUCAGCCAGGAAGUCAUGUUGCGGGUCAAGGAGAUGGCGUCCUGCAGUGCGGUGGUGCUGGAGGAGUCGAAAUGCCUCGUUCGGAGCUUCCUGAAAUCGGUGCUUGAAGAUGUGAAUGAAAAAGAAUGCCUCAUGCUCAAGCAACUCUGGAGUUCCUCCAAAGGCCUGGAUUCCCUGUUCAGCUACCUGCAGGACAAAAUUUAUGAAGUCUGAAGGGCCCCGGCCCACUCGCCCUGGUAAUCCAGGGCACUUGACUUCCAGCUUUGCCCUGUGUUUCAGAAAUCGGAGCCCAGUGUAUGCCCUGCCAAGGAGUUUGUCAAGGUGUUUCUGUACCUAGGGUUGUGUCCAUGUCCUCGUGUCCUUUGGUUGCUCCUCAUUGGUUUGAUUUUGUGUAACAGAUGGGAAACGCAGCCUACUUGGCCUCCGCCAUGCCCCGACCCCAACUGACUAGAGAGCUAUUGAGGGCUGUAUCUUCCCAGGCCUCUGUCAGCCACUGUCACCUUCUGAAAUGCACCAUCCCACUCCCGGAAGGGGAAGACCCAGUUUCCCCCGUUUUCCUGACUCAGACUGUGUCUACACAGUGCCUCUGAUUUGGAGACUUAGCUAUUGGUUAAGUGCAGAUCUGGGGAUGGGGGACAGUUCAUCAAAGGGAAUUUCCAGACCAAUGAGCAAAACAAUUGUGCAGAGCUAGCCUCAGUCUCCUCUCUGAUGCAUAUCUGUGUGACUUUUAGGGCUUGGUCUUAAAACCCAAUUGAGUGAUUUGCAAACCCAGAUAUUGUACAUUUAGGAAUGUUUUGUUAAAUAUAUAUUUUUAAAACAAUGUAAGUGGAAAUUCUGAUAAUUUAUGUGUAUUAUAUGUAAAGCUAGUUUUACAAAAACACGAACUCCUAGGAAAAUGUUUUUCUUUAAUCAGACUUAUUUAAUUUAUUUAUUUUUGUUUAUAUAUUAUGAUAUCUGUCAUUCAUACAGAUAUUAUUUUCAUAUUGCCCUGGACCAAAUUCCAUACAAGGUUCAUGCUGUUUGGUGCAUUCUAGCAAUGAACCAUGUAGAAAAAAAUUCAGAGAGUUAAAAUGUAAGGAUUUCUAUGGAUAAAAGGAAUAGCUCUGUACCAAAUCCUCUGUGUAUAAAACAGUUCUCAGUUAUAAUAAUUGAAUACUUGUUCUUAAGAGAAAUCGUGGAGGAGCUUCCCCUUCACUCUGCUGCCUUUAAGGAUAUAAAGGGGCCUCCGACCUGAAUGGUACUGAGACGUGUACCCAGUCCCUAAUUGUGUGACAUCAGGAAAGGGUGAGGAAUAGGCCCCACUUGGGGAAUGCAUGUUGCCUAGAGUAAGUCUUUUUUCUGGGGGGCGAAUGACUGAACUUGGAUUUCAGAGUUCAUCCCUUCGGUGUGGGCAGCGAUGUCUGGUUUGGCUUUCCAGGAAGGUGGGACGCACCCCCACUCUGCCGAACUGUCAGUAGAAGGACUGAAUCUUCUUGCGUCCAGAAGCUCAGACGACCCAUCUUUUUUCUUGUUGUUUGCUCUCAUCAGUGAGCAAUAGCCAGGGAUGAGGUCUCCUGCCCCCAGAGCCUCUGGGAUGCAUGGGGACCUCAGGAUUUGUAUUUAGACCGUCAGCCCAAAGUCUGUGGGUGAGUGUGGGGAAGGAGGGGCUUGGGUUUUGGUGGGUGAGGAGGAAGGUAAACAUUGAGGUUAGAGCAGAGGAAUGGCAGCGGCAUGUUCUGUGUGAGGCUUAAGCCUGUUAUGGGUCAAGCACUCAGAGGAAGUUAGAUUCUCAGAGGGGCAGGGUUUUCCCUGUCCCGUCACAGCCCCUGAAUGUCCUCAGAGGCCCUUUGCUCACCCGUCUUCUCCUUCCCUGUGUUAGUCGCCAGCCUCUCUUGUCCCUCGCUUGGAGAGAGUUGAGUAGAACAGUGAGAGUUGGGCACAGCCAGGGGAAGGGAGGAGGGCUGAGAAAAAGAAAGUCAUUGUUACCGUUAUCUAUCUCUCUCUGCUCCCUUUUUCUCUCUUACAGGUGACCAGAGGCACCUGAGGAUUCGUGGCUCUGAGCUUUGUAUUUC